AUGGCCUCUGUCUCUGAGCUCGCCUGUAUCUGCUUGGCUCUCAUUCUGCACGAUGAUGAGGUGACCGUCACAGAGGAUAAGUUCAAUGCCCUCAUUAAAGCAGCUAGUGUAAAUGUUGAACCUUUCUGGCCUGGCUUGUUUGCAAAGGCCCUGGCCAGUGUCAACAUUGGGAGCCUCAACUGCAAUGCAGGGGCUAGUUGACCUGCUCCAGCAGCUGGUCCUGCACCAGCAGGAGGUCCUACCCCUUGCACUGCUGCUGCUCCAGCUGAGGAGAAGAAAGUAGAAGCAAAGAAAGAAGAAUCUGAGGAGUCUGAUGAUGACAUGGGCUUUGGUCUUUUUGAAUAAACCUCUUUUGUAACAUUCAAUAAAAAGGUGAACACUAGAA